AUGUCCCACGGCGAUACAAACGUGAGGGGCGAGACCCACCAAAACAGCAUUAGAGCGACAUCCUUUGCGGAUGUCGUCAGAUCAUCACCCUCAACACCUUCUCCUAACUCUCCUUUACCUGACUAUCCCAAAAAAUGCGAGACUAUUUUUCAAGAUGAGUCUUUGCCGCCAGGAAUGAACCUGCAUGUCCGCACAAACUCGAAAGGCACGCUCAUGUUCAACAUUCCCCGCAAGGUGACUGCCGAGUUUUCGAUCAGCAGGAUCCUCAUGGACACCUACGACCUCACUGAGCAAUACCAAAACCACACAACCUUCGAGGUCCUCCCCGCAGACCCCAUGGUCUAUGCCGUUAUUCUACAGCACGGACUGAGUGUCAACGACACGACCUACAACCCCAUCACCCCAACACCUCCCAAGUUCCAAACAUACAAGGUCAACUUCCGGCGCAUCCCCCAGCACUAUAAACCGACCGACAUUAUCCAGCUUUUCAGCAAAUACGGCAACCCCAAGGAAAUCGGGCAUCGCAAGGUCUAUACUCAGGAUGGAUAUGUUUUGUUCGAAAAGGACGAAAAGCCAAGCCACCCAGAAUUGCCAAAGGAAAUUGUUGCUGGACUAGGAGCAGGUUUCAGACAGCAACGCAAGCGCAACAGCAAGAAACGCCGCAAGAAUACGCAGAUUUCAUCUUCCAUGAAAGGUAUAGAGUCCACCUCACUUGCCGCAAUCACUGCGCCUGUCAACCCCGCCACACCAGUCACACCAACCUUGCAGGAGUCUACUCAGGAAGCUAGACCACCCCAAACCAGGAAUGGUACAAGCAGUGUCACCAACCCUAACAAUGGGUCUUACCGCUCUCUGGAUGACGACAACUCCGACAGCGACGACGACAUUUUUUCGGAUGCCCCCCAAACCCCAACCACCGAAUUUACUAGUCGUCACCCGCGGGCAGUCCAUUUUGGAGGCACCUACAACACUAGUGAGCUGAGCAAGCAAUCGGCGACUCGUCCUAACUAA